GAGGCCCGGCUGACAUCAUGGAGUCUCGGGCAGACAUCCCCAGGUACUCCAUGCCAGAUGAGGUGCAGCACACGUACUCCAAGUUCUCGGACUGGAAGUUCAAGUUGUUCCGGGUCAGGUCCAUGGAGAAAGUGCCCCUGCCCAGUGAGCCCUCCCCAAACGUGGUUCCCUCGAAGCCCCCGGGGGAAGUGGGAGAUGUAGGUCCGGGGCAUCCAGGCAGCCUCAUGAGGCUCUGCCUCGGGGGCAAGAGCAAGGAGAAUGUGGAGGCCAACAGCCAGCGCGUGGACCAGAAGCUGCAGGAGAUUGACACUCACAUGAGCUGCCUCAAGAGUUUGUGCCGCCUUUGUGGGAUGUCACUGCACAAAGCCAAGGGGCCUGAGCACGAGGCCCAGGGUGCGUUGGAUGAGGGCAGCCGUCUCUCCCUGCGCAGGAUGGGCUGCAAGGCCCAGGGCUGGCCCGACGUCAUCCUCAAGGUCUUCAAGGUGGACGUGACGGCCGACAUGGAGACCGUGCACCCCCAGACCUUCUGCCACCGCUGCUGGAUGGCAGCCAUUAGGGGGGGCGGCUUCUGCUCCUUCGUCCCAACCAAGGUGCCCGAGUGGCGGCCUCACACCUCGGGAUGUCCGCUCUGCUUCCCCACGAGGCCCUCGGCCUACCAGCGCAAAGGGCGCAAGCGCGCCAAAGCCCUCCGGAGGGCCCCAUCUCUGGCCAAGAGGAGGAAGUGGGAGGCCCAGGGCUCCGCUGCUGGCGUCGGGGGCAAGAGGAUGCUGAGGGCCUUGGUGGACCAGCAGCAGCAGGGACCCGUGAGCAGGAGCAGAGUGAAGCCCGGUGCACAGAGAGCCCUUUGGGUGAAGAACAUCACCCUCUGCCAGAAAGAGCACCUAAGUGCCAAGCUGCUGCCCGCCGACCUCCCUGCCGACUUCCUUUGCGCCGUCACGUGCCAGGUGUGCGACCAUCUGCUGAGCGACCCAGUCCAGUCCCCCUGCAGACACCUCUUCUGCCGCGGCUGCAUCCUCAAGUACAGCCGGGCACUGGGCACCCAGUGUCCUGCCUGCUCCCUGCCCUUCCAGCCCACAGACCUCAAGAGUCCACCCAAGACCUUCCUGGCGGUGCUGCAGUCCCUGUCCCUGCUGUGCCCCAGGGAGGACUGUGGGGAGCGGGUCAGGAUGGACUCCUUCAGGGCACACUGCCUGGACCACCUCCAGCAGAGGCAGCCGGAAAAGGACGACCCGCUGGGCCUCCACACAGACAGGGAGCUGGACAGGUACCUGCCGGUGAACAAGGGCGGCCGCCCACGUCAGCACCUGCUCUCCCUCACCAGGCGUGCGCAGAAGCACCGGCUCAAGGAGCUGAAGAACCAUGUGCGGGCGUUCGCCGACAAAGAGGAAGGGGGGGACACCAAGUCCGUCUGCCUGACACUCUUCCUCCUGGCUCUCAGGGCGGGGAACGAACACAAACAGGCGGAUGAGCUGGAGGCCACGAUGCAAGGCAGGGGGUAUGGUUUGCAUCCCGCUGUGUGCCUCGCCAUCAGGGUCAACACCUUCCUCAGCUGCAGCCAGUACCACAAGAUGUACCGCACCGUCAAGGCCACCAGUGGGCGCCAGAUCUUCCAGCCCCUGCACACCCUGCGUGCAGCGGAGAAGGAGCUGCUGCCCGGCUUUCACCCCUUCGAGUGGCAGCCGGCCCUGAAGGGCGUGUCCAGCAGCUGGGACCUGGGCAUCCUGGACGGGCUCUCGGGCUGGACCAGCUCGGUGGAGGACAUCCCCGCGGACACCAUCGCCCGCCGCUUCCGCUACGACGUGGCCCUGGUGUCGGCGCUGAAGGACAUGGAGGAGGACAUCAUGGAGGGUCUGAAGGAGCACGGCCUGGAAGAUAGCUCUGUGACCGGGUUCAGCGUCACCAUCAAGGAGUCCUGCGACGGCAUGGGCGACGUGAGUGAGAAGCACGGCAACGGCCCGCCGGUACCCGAGAAGGCCGUGCGCUUCUCCUUCACCGUCAUGUCGGUGUCCGUGCAGGUGGAGGGGGAGGAGGCCGGCGUGCUCAUCUUCCAUGAGAUGAAGCCCAACUCGGAGCUCUCCUGCAAGCCGCUGUGCCUGAUGCUCGUGGACGAGUCGGACCACGAGACGCUGACGGCCAUCUUGGGGCCAGUGGUGGCCGAGCGCAACGCCAUGAAGGAGAGCCGGCUCAUCCUGUCGUUGGGCGGUAUGAUGCGUUCCUUCCGCUUCCACUUCCGCGGAACGGGCUACGACGAGAAGAUGGUGCGUGAGAUGGAGGGGCUGGAGGCGUCCGGCUCCACCUACAUCUGCACGCUGUGCGACUCCACCCGCUCCGAGGCCUCGCACAACAUGGUGCUGCACAGCAUCACGCGCAGCCACCAGGAGAACCUGGAGCGCUACGAGCUGUGGCGCUCCAACCCAUUCUCCGAGUCGGCGGACGAGCUGCGCGACCGCGUCAAGGGUGUCUCUGCCAAGCCCUUCAUGGAGACGACGCCCACGCUGGAUGCGCUGCACUGCGACAUCGGCAACGCCACCGAGUUCUACAAGAUAUUCCAGGACGAGAUUGGCGAGAUGCACGCGCGCGGCGACAACCCGCCGAGCCGCGAGGAACGGCGUCGGUGGCGCGCGACGCUCGACAAGCAGCUGCGCAAGAAGAUGAAGCUGAAGCCGGUGAUGCGCAUGAAUGGCAACUACGCCCGGCGGCUGAUGACGGCGGAGGCGGCGGAGGUGGUGUGCGAGCUGGUGCGCUCGGACGAGCGGCGGCAGGCGCUGCGGGAGCUCGUGGAGCUCUACAUGCAGAUGAAGCCGGUGUGGCGCUCCACGUUUCCCGCCCGGGAAUGCCCCGACCAGCUGUGCCAGUACAGCUUCAACUCGCAACGCUUCGCAGAGCUGCUCUCCACCACCUUCAAGUACCGCUACGAUGGCAAGAUCACCAACUACCUGCACAAGACGCUGGCUCACGUGCCGGAGAUCGUGGAGAGGGAUGGCUCAAUCGGCGCCUGGGCCAGCGAGGGCAACGAGUCCGGUAACAAGCUCUUCCGACGCUUCCGCAAGAUGCACGCACGCCAGUCCAAGAGCUUCGAGCUGGAGGACGUGCUGAAGCACCACUGGCUCUAUACUUCCAAAUAUCUGCAGAAGUUUAUGGAGGCCCAUAAGAACUCGGCCAAGGCCUUACAGGCCACCAUCAACCCAGAGGAGAUUGUGGAUGACAGUGAUAUGUUACUGGAGACUCCAGACUUCUGAGAGACUGUGUAAUAAUGAAAGAUGUAGCAGUUACGAAAGGGCCUUAAGUCAGUUGACUUUUAGUGCCAUUGUGGAUUUUUACUGGCAAUUUGUGAAUUGGGUUCAUAUGAUUUUUUCUGUCGUGAUAUUUUUUGCUCUGUUUUCGUCACGUGACCAAUUAAUUUCAGACAUUUAAAUACUUCAGUAGAACACACUGCUUUUAAAAAAAAUGAACGAUGAUGAUAAACAUCAUAUUUUAUUCGGAAGUUCCAGACGGUUUAGAUAACUUCCUUUGUGUUACAAUGAGGGACGUCCACUGCUCUCUCUAUUUGUGUUUGUAAUACAAAAUAAAUUGCCUUAUGGUGAAGGUUGGGUCAGAAGGGAAUAGACUGCCUUUUUUCCCUCAGCUUUUAAGAAGAGGGGUUUGAGACUUUUAUCUUUGGCCCCACAUGAAAUAUGAGAGAGUUUAUUGUAUUGCAAGGUUAUGACACAUUCAUGAAUUUAUACAAAAGGAUUAUUUAUGGAAACAGAUGAAACUGCUGUAAGUCACUGGGAGGAAAUUGUGUUAAAGGAGCCCACGUUUAUGAUAGCUGUAUUAAUUUAUCACUCGGGGCUGAGGCAAAAUGGAAUUAGGGAAACUCAAAUUGUCUCAGUUUUGAGAGUGCUGGGGAGAAGGAUUGCUUUAGAGCUAUAUAUCUGGCUCCUGGGGUAAAACAAUAGGGCAUGGAUGACUGAAAUACCCUUAUAUAUUUCCACUCCCCGGCACAGUGCACAAGAGUGGCAACAAUUCUACCUCCAUUUCAGAAUAAAAGGACACAUUGACCUUCUACUAAAUCACAGCAAAGGAAGGCCCCAGACUACAAUUGCCCCACAAAGCCUGAGGAAGCACUUAGCUUUGCAGGGAAGGCUACUUCCUGAGUGGCACUGAUGCUGUCUCAAAUAUCGACACUAGAAC